UACUUCAUCUACCACAACGACUACACCACACGAAAGACAUCACACAACCACCACCUCCGAACCGGGACACCAACACCAACACCUCAGCUUCACAACCACACCAAAGAAAACUAGGCAAUGCCACGCCUCCACCCAACCACGCUCCUCCUCCUCCCACUCCGCCUCCUCGCGACACCCAUCACCCUCCUCACAACUCUCCUCCGCAGCCACACCAACACCAACACCAACAACCCCCGCUCCCACCACCUCCGCCGCCGCCGUCGCCUAACCAUGCUCCUCCUCACCCUGCUCCUUCUCCUCCUCCUAAUCCUCACCCCCUGCUACCUAAUCUACCGCCCCCCAAUCUCCCUAAUCAACUACCUCGCAACCCGUUACCCCGACACCCUCUGGACGCUCCCCUUCCCCCCCAAUCCCUCUCCGCACAACCCCAAACUAAUAGCCCUAACCCUCGACGACGCCCCCUCACCCUACACGCCCCUCCUCCUCCAAACCCUCCUCACCCACACCAGCACAGCCACCUUCUUCCUCAUCGGCAACCAAAUCACCCCCCAAACCACUCCCCUCCUCACCACCCUCGUCCAAAACGGCAUGGAACUCGGCAACCACGCCAUGCACGACGAGCCCUCUUUCAAACUCUCCCCCACCACCUUACGCACCGAGAUCACCGCCAUCGAUAAUACCAUCAAGGAGAUAUACAAGUCCGCGAAUGUGGAAAGGAAAGGGAAAUGGUUUCGGCCAGGCUCGGGCGUGUUUACGGGGUGGAUGAGGGAGAUGGUGCAGGAAUUGGGGUAUCGGAUUGUAUUGGGGAGUGUGUAUCCGCAUGAUGCGCAGAUUGGGUGGGUCGGGUUGAAUGUUUGGCAUGUGGGGGGGUUGAGUAGGGAGGGGAGUAUUGUGGUUUUGCAUGAUCGGAGGGGAUGGACGGUGGAGGUGUUGGAUCGGGUGUUGCGGGUUUUAAGGGGACGGGGGUAUAGGGUUGUUUCGGUGGGGGAGGCCAUGGAGGCUGCUAAGGCUGCUGCUGCUGCUGCUGCUGCGGCAGGGGGUGAAGGAGGUAGGAUAGGGGAGGUGGUGGGUUGAGUAUGUGGAUGAUGUGGAUGAUGUGGAUGAUGUACAUGAUAUAACACUAAUAGCAUACAGGC